AUGGCGGCCAAUGCACUCGACUCUAUCAUGCUUUUUGGAGACUCCCUCACACAAGGGGGUUGGGAACCUGGAGGAUUCGCCCAACGAUUAGCCUAUGUCUAUGCUCGUAAAUUAGACGUGAUCAAUAGAGGACUUUCAGGUUACAACACUGAAUGGGCAAUACCUGUAUUUAAGGAGUGUUUUGCCAAGUCAGACGUCCAAUCAUCUGUCCCAAAAGUCAAACUCUUAGUAAUCUGGUUUGGUGCCAAUGAUGCGUGUCUUGAGCAGAGUCCACAACAUGUUCCGCUGCCUAAAUUCAAAGAGAACCUCAAUCAACUAAUUGAUGUACCGACUUCUUCAUCUUCCCCUUGGUAUUCUCCAACAACCCGCAUCAUACUAAUCACGGCCCCUCCGAUCAACUCAACGCAGCGAGGCAAAGAACUAGCGUCAAGAGAUCCCCCCAUUGCUCCUGAUCGCACACACGAAACGACCAAGUCAUAUGCACAGGCAGUUAUUGAUGUCGGAAGCAGUCGUGGAAUUCCUGUUAUUGACCUGUGGACGGCUUUGUGGAAGGAGGCUGGGGAAGUCGAACAAGGACUGGAGCCACUCUUGCCCGACGGCCUGCAUUGCAAUGAGAAAUCCUACGCAAUUUUGUAUGAACUACUCAUUGAAACAAUUGUGAAACAUUACCCAGAGCUACACUUUGAUAAGCUCCCAAAAGUUUAUCCUGCCUGGGACCAAAUCGACUGGAAAAAUCCAGGUCCGAGUAUAAGGUCUCAUCGCAUCGAUGUCUGA